UCGCUUUCGCGGUCUUGUCGUUGAUGCUUGGUCGAGGAGGCUACCACUACCGCGCAACUGGCGUGGGUCGUUGCUCUCACGAGCGGGAAGGUUCUCGCGCUUUUCUUUACUCGCCGCCUUGCGAAAGAGCGACGGAUAGAGUUGGAGGGAGCCUCUGGGAGAGGUCGAAACCUUUGGCGCAGCGGGGUUUUUUAGCGUGCUGUGACACUCACCUUCUGCACAGUUAUUACAUAUUUGUCCAACUCGGUUAUUUCAGUUCUUUUUCGAGUAUGUUUUUCAACAAACCAGCAGCGAUGG